CGGGGGGGUUCUUCCGCGAAUCUUUCUAUUUCGCUGACCUCAACAGUCCCCAAUUGACUACGGUUUUUUCGAACAGCUGUGUCCUUGUUGACUGGACAAAUAUCCUGAGACGACUUCCGCGGACUACAAAACAACGACAUGGACUUGGAUGCGAUCCUCGAAGAUCUUGUGGCUGUGGCACGUCAGGGCGGCUGGAUCAUAAGUUCAUCAGUGCCGUCCGCCUCAGGCGUAGAAAGCAAGAAAAGCAGUGCAGACUUGGUCACUGAAAUCGACAGAGUAGUGGAGAGAACCGUCUUCGGCGUGCUCAGAUCCAAAUAUCCUUCUUUCAACCUCAUCGGCGAGGAGUCAUGGAAGCAUGGUACCUCACUUGAUGAUACGCCAACUUUCGUGGUUGAUCCUGUGGACGGUACGUCCAACUAUGUCCAUGGACUUCCGGAUGUCUGCAUAUCUAUCGGUUUGGUGAUCAAGAGACGAUCUACCAUUGGUGUGGUGUAUAACCCCUUUCACAACGAACUGUGGACAGCCGUAACUGGAAGCGGAGCUUUUUACCAGAAGGGAUUCGAUGGCGAGCGAUCCAGACUACCUUUGAAGUCGAACUCCGAGCGUUUGAGUAUGCAGACGGCGUGCAUAGGCAUUGAAUGGGGAAGUGAUCGUGAGGGACCUAAUUUUGACUUGAACUUGAAGGUAUUUACGAAAUUGGCGUCGACACAAGCCACUGGUGGCCAUAUGGUCAACUCCCUGCGUUGUACCGGCUCUGCCGCUAUAACCAUAUGCCGCGUGGCCGCGGGCCAACAAGACAUGUUCUGGGAGUGUGGUUCUUGGAUUUGGGAUGUAGCUGCCGCUUGGUGUAUCUUGGAAGAAUCCGGAGGCAUGAUGGUGGACGGUCAUCCAGGCAACUGGAUACCCAAGCUUGACGGCAGGAGAUACCUUGCUGUUCGGGGAGCUCCAGGAGGGCAAAGAGAGAUUGUGGAAGAUUUUUGGGCAAUUCUAGGGGAGGAUCGUUCGACUUAUGGAGACUAACCGAAGGCAGGUUGGAAGAAUCGAUGCGUGUGACUGGUUACGAGUAAGCAUAUUAUCACGCAUGAACCAAUACUCACGCCACAACGAAAGCAUUGC